AUGAUUUUUGGGGGACAGGCUCAGACUGCCCCAGCACCUACCCCAGCACCUAAACCUGCACCACCACAGGCCCCAGUAGUUCAGUAUAUCCGAGGAGAGGCCAGUGGACCUAGUCAAGCCUUAGCUUUGUCCAAGUUGCUAAAAGAAACCCGACAGCUUGGAUGUAGUUCUUUUGAUGGCACUAGUGAUGCCAUGAUUGCUAAAGAAUGGGUCAAGCGGGUGAUUGCUACCUUUGAUGACAUGAGUUUAGGUGGUGAGAUGAGACUCAGGGUUGCUACUAGGCUGUUGGAGGGCAGAGCUCGAAUUUGGUGGGAAAGUUUGAAGAGUAGAUCAUUUGGGCAGGUUACUUGUUUUGUUCCAGAGUUAGCACCUACUGAGGAAGUUCUCUGUUCUAAAUUUGAAGUUGGUUUGAACUUGGGUAUUAGAGAAAGAAUGACAGUUACAAGCAAGCAAAGUUUCAAGGAGGUGGUACAAUCAGCUUUGAGGGCAGAGCAAUUGGCCCCACUAGACCUCCAUCAAUCUAAGAGUGGUGAUCAGCAGAGACUCACACGUUCUGACAGUGCUCCUAGUGUCAGAGGCCCAGAAGUUAGUAACAGGUGCAAGAAUUGUGGAAAGUCACAUAGAGGCCAGUGUCAGGCACCUCGCAAGUGCUUCCAUUGCGGUCAAACAGGACAUUUGAGGUCAGCAUGUCCAGAGUUGGGACGGGGUGGAUUUGCACCAUCAUCUCAAGACUGUCCUACCCAGUUCAGAGGUUCCCAGCCGGUAACAUCUUCCCCAGUUACUACCAAGUCAGGAGCUGCUAGCAACACUUCACAGCCAGGUGCCCAGCGACCUCAGACCAAAGCUCAGACCCAGGUUUUUGCCAUGACAAAGGAAGAAACUGAGUGUAGGCCUAAUGUGAUCACAGGUACAUUACCCAUUUUUCAGCAUGACUCUUAUGCAUUGAUUGACUCUGGGUCAGAGCGUUGUUUUGUUAGUACUACAUUUGCAUGUUAUGCGAAUAGUGACCCUUCCCCCUUGGGUGGUGAGUUAGUGAUACAAACUCCUUUAGGUGAAGAGGUAGUAAGGAGUUUGGUGUACAGGGAGUAUCCUGUGCUAGUUAAUGGAGUUGCCUUGAAGGCAGACUUGAUUCCUUUGGAUAUCAAAGAUUUUGAUGCUAUCCUUGAUACAAGAGUUAAGGAGCCAGCACUAGAAGAGAUGCCAGUGGUGAGGGAAUUUCAUGAUGUUUUCCCAGAAGAAUUACCAGGUUUACCACCAGACAGAGAAUUGGAGUUUGCUAUAGAUUUACUACCUGGUACGGCUCCUAUUUCUAUACCACCUUAUCGGAUGGCACCAGUAGAGCUAAGAGAAUUAAAGACUCAAUUGCAAGAUCUUGUAGAUAAGGGUUUUAUUUGA